AUGGCGUUGUCAACGAAUUUUCCGCAUAACAAGAAACGAACACUUUACGUUGGUGGUUUCGGUGAGGAAGUGGACGAGAAGGUUCUGAAUGCCGGAUUUCUGCCGUUCGGUGAGAUCGUUGGUAUAUCGAUACCGAUGGAUUAUGAAACUGGAAAGCAUCGAGGUUUUGGAUUUGUUGAAUUCGAGUUGGCGGAAGAUGCAGCCGCCGCCAUUGACAAUAUGAAUGAUUCGGAAAUGUUCGGACGGACGAUACGAUGUAACUUCGCGCGUCCACCGAAGGCGAACGAACGAAGUCAACGACCGGUAUGGGCCGACGAUGAAUGGCUCAAAACGGUAUUACAUAUGUCAUUCGAAUUCAGCUUGGGGUGGUUUUGA